UGCCACUGCGGGUGCAGGAUGCCACUAAAGCCUUUCUCACGCCGCGGGUCCCUUGUGCGCCUGCGCACUGUCGCACAGCCCCCACCCCUCCUUCCAGGAACUGGGGGCGGGGCUCGCAGUCUCGGUAGGGCGGGGAGUCCAGAACCCCGUGAAAGAAGCAGGCGGCGCCGGGACUUUCUAGUUUGAGAUCAGAACCCCCAGAGCCCUCAGUAGCAAGUCGGUGCCACCGCUGCGACGCCGAGGCCGGGGUCACCGACUGCUGUCGUGUCGGCGCACUCGGUACCCACCGUCCGGGCGCCGCGUCUGUCAGUCGGGUGAGCCCGGCUCGCACGGCCUACGCUCUUCCAGGGGACUCGAGGGCGGGGCCCGCUCUGCGGACCCCGGGCACUCGGAUGGCCAUCCGUGGGUGCAGUCUAUCGUGCUGCCGCUCUGCUGCUAAACCCGGCCUGGCUGCUGACGAGGACCGAGAGGGAAGUCGGGGUCGGUUUGCACCUGGAGACACCCUGUGCAGAACGUGGGAAAAUUAGAUGCCGGGCAGGCCUCGGGGAGCUGAGAGCCGCGGGACACCUAGGAACUAGAGGCCGGACAGCCCCAGGGGUGGUGGUAACUCCAGUGUCCGCUGAACAGGCUAGCCGAAGCAGCAGACUCGGACACGAGUGACCGUGAACUGCCUCCAGUCUCCCUGUCGCUUGCUGUGGUGCAUGCGGGUGGGGUCAGUUGGGAUCCCUGAAGCGUGGAACGGGGCUCUGACCAAGUUCAGAAAAGCAUAGGGGUGAAGCCGGAGGGCGUGGUGGCACACGCCUGUGAUCUCAGGAUUUGGGAGGUGGAGGCAGGAGGAUAAGACAGUAAAGGUCAUCCUCUGCCGCCUGAUUUUUGGGUUGCAAGAGACCCCAUCUGAAAGAAAAAAAAUAAAGAAGAAGAAAGAAGGCCCGGAGUAUCUUGAAUUUGCUCCGCCUUUUCAGCCUGCAGGUCUUGGGAAGAGGCUCUAGAAGCCUGCAGCCGCUGCUUCUGUUUAAAAGCAAGAUCAGCCGCUGCUUCUGUUUAAAAGCAAGAUCAGCCGCUGCUUCUGUUUAAAAGCGAGAUUACGCCGGGCGAUGGUGGCGCACGCCUUUAAUCCCAGCACUCGGGAGGCAGAGGCAGGCGGAUCUCUGGGAGUUCGAGACCAGCCUGGUCUACAAGAGCUAGUUCCAGGACAGGCUCCAAAACCACAGAGAAACCCUGUCUCGAAAAACCAAAAAAAAAAAAAAAAAAAGCGAGAUUACAUGUGAGUUUCUGGUGCCUCUGUGUUUCUGUGAAGUCUGUCUGAAUUUUUCGGACAUGAGGUUAAUUUCCUUCCCUUUGAAAGUUCUCUGUGAAAAUGUUUUAUUCAGUUCUGUGAGUGAUGCCGCUGCCACUCACUCCACGGGGAUGAUGUGUUCAAUGCCAGCCUGGACCACACUGAGACCUUGUCUGCAAAAUAAAAAGACAAAAAAGAAUGAAUUCUUCAUUGCUCAGGGUCUGAGAAUUUUCCUACAUUUUCAGUGAGACCUUUUUAGUGCAGGGGAUGGUGGGAUUCUGUGCUGAUUACUCACGUGCUAUAGUUGGCCCGUUUUUCUUAGGGUUCUCUAAUACUGAAAUACCUGUGCCAAAGGCUGGUGUGUGUUUUGUAAGGCCUAGUGUGUUAUUUAAGCAUUAUUUAAGGGUACUGAGAUUGGUGGCUGGAGGUACCGCUGAGGCCCAUCCUCCUCCCCUGCACUGGUCAGUUUUUGUUUGUUUUUGUUUUUUGAGACAGGGUUUCUCUGUGUAGCCCUGGCUAUUCUGGAACUCUCUCUGUAGACCAGGCUGGUCUCGAACUCACAGAGGUCUGCCUGCCCCUGCCUCCCGGUGCUGGGAUCCAAGUCUUGCGACAGUAGGUCUGGCUCAUUGGUUGUUCUUAAGUGUGGCAUUUGGAUCAGCUGCUGCGUCUCUUCGGGAAUUUCACAAAUGCGAGGGCUGGGGUUGUAGCUCAGCGACAGAGCCCUUUCCCAGCUCGUCCAGGCCUGUGAGCUCUCUCUUUUCAGGGCAGAGCAAACACAUGUCAGGAAAGCGCAUUCUUUCUUCUAAAACUUACUUUUGUGCGUGUGUUUACACGUAUGUGCACCACCCACAAGUGUCCAGGGGGGAUCUGGACUAACAGGUAGGUGCUGAGGAUUGAACUCAGGUCCCUGGAAGAGCAACCAAUGCUCUUAACCCCUGAGCCAUCUCACCCGGUCCUCUAGGUGACCCCAGUGCAUCCUGAAGUCUCACUGCCACAUUUUGCCGCUGAUUGUCCUGUAGUUUGGAGGAGGACAUAAAAGACUGCGAGCUCCUCCCACCUCCCGCAGUUUGUGUUGCAUGUGAGAAGGGAGAAAUGGGAUACACUGACAGUUAAAAUUUGGAAGCUCUGAGCAGCUCUGAUCUCAUGGCUGCAUCCUCUUCCCCAGCUCUAGCUCUGAUCGGCUUCUCCAGGGCGUGAUACUUGAGGAAGGACAAGCCAGUUCUUGCAAUUCUAGAAUCAUGGCUCAUAGUGAGGUGAUGUUCAGAGACGUGACUGUGAACUUUUCUCAGGAAGAGUGGGAGUGCCUGAAUUCUCACGAGCGGGAUCUGUACAAAGAUGUGAUGUUAGAGAACUACAGCCACCUGGUGUCCCUGGCAGGAUGUUCCAUUUCUAAGCCAGAUGUGAUCACCCUGUUGGAACAAGGGAAAGAGCCCUGGAUGGUUGUGAGGGAGGAGAAGAGAAGGUGGAGCCAAGAUCUGGAAUCUAGGUAUAGCAGUAAGGUGUUAUUUCAAGAAAAUAAUACCUAUGAAAUUAAUUUAUCUCCAUGGGAAAUAAUGGAAAGAAUUAAAAGGCAUGGCCUCAAAGACUCCUUUUAUGGAAGAGAAUUUGAAUAUAAAAUGUUUGAAGAACAAGAGAGUUCUCAUAGAGUAUAUUCCAGGCAAAUAACAAAACCCACCCCUGGAAAAAGACCUAUGUACAGAAAACGCUCACCUGUUGGUCUCUAUCAGAAAAAUAGCAGAGAAAAACCCUAUGGAUGUGGGGAGUGUGGAAAGGCUUUCAGAGUCCGCCAACAGCUUACUUUCCAUCAGAGAAUCCACACCGGUGAGAAACCCUACGAAUGUAAAGAAUGCGGAAAAGCCUUCAGACAGUGCGCCCACCUCAGCCGACACCAGAGGAUUCACACAUCUGACAAGCUCUACGAAUGCAAGAAGUGCACAGAGAUCUUCACGUGCAGCGCAGACCUCCGCGGACACCAGAGAAGUCACGUUGGCGAGAAGCCGUAUGAGUGUCAAGAGUGCGGGAAGGCUUUCCGCGUGCGGGGACAGCUUAGUCUCCACCAGAGGAUCCACACGGGCGAGAAGCCCUACGAGUGCAGGCAGUGCGGGAAGACCUUCCGCCAGUAUGCGCACCUUACCCGGCACCAGAGGCUCAGCAGUGCCGGCACCAGCUACAAGUGCGACGAGUGUGGUCAGACUUUCCUGUGCAGCACGGGCCUGCGGCUGCAUCACAAACUGCACACGGGAGAGAAGCCCUACAGCUGUGCGGAGUGUGGGAAAGCCUUCCGCGUGCGGCAGCAGCUCACCCUGCACGAGCGGAUCCACACGGGCGAGAAGCCCUUUGACUGCAAGGAGUGCGGGAAGAGCUUCAGCCGCGGCUACCAUCUGACGCUCCACCAGAGGAUCCACACCGGGGAGAAGCCAUACGAGUGUAAGGAGUGCCAGAAGUUCUUCCGCCGUUACUCGGAGCUCAUCUCCCACCAGGGUAUUCACGUCGGGGAUAAGCCGUAUGACUGCAAGGAAUGCGGGAAGGCCUUUCGGCUCUACUCCCAGCUGACGCAACACCAGAGUAUCCAUUUUGGUGAGAAGCCGUACAAAUGUUUGGAAUGUGAGAAAACUUUCCGACUGCUCUCGCAGCUUACUCAACAUCAGAGCAUCCACACGGGGGAGAAACCGUACGACUGCCAGGAGUGUGGGAAAGCCUUUCGGCUCCACUCGUCACUAAUCCAGCAUCAGAGAAUCCAUUCCGGCGAGAAACCGUACAAAUGCACGGAGUGUAAGAAGGCCUUCAGACAACACUCGCACCUCACCUACCACCAGCGAAUUCACAAGAAUUCUUAAGCAUCCUUUGAAGAACCCUUCCGUUGAAAAUAUGAUAGGGGGUAUUAGAAAAUUCUAGAAGAAAAAGGUUUUAAUCCUUUUUUUGCUUGUUGCACACAAGAGAUGGCAUGAAAGGUUUCAAUCAGAGGAAAAAGGUGUUAAAUUUUAGGAACUUCUCUCUAGAAUGGCGCUUCACAGGAGUGAAUGUCUAUACCGUACACCUAAGGGCGUAGCCGGGGCACCAAUGCAUCUUGAAAAUUAAUAAAUAAAAAGAACUUCUGUAUAAGCUGUGUCUCAAAGCUACUGAAAGUUGUUGAGGUACAGUUCUUAAUUAGAGAUUUUCAGCAGACUCAGGCAGAGCACAUCAAAGUGACCUAGAGCAGAGGUUCUCAACCUGUGUGGGUCACAACCCCUUUGGGGGUUUCACAGGGGUCACCUAAGACCAUUGGAAAACAAGUAUUCAUGAUCCACAACAGUAGCAACAUUACAGUUAUGAAGUAGCAAUGAAAAUAAUUUAUGAUUAUGAUGAACUGUAUUAAAGGUCGCAGCAUCAGGACGGAAGCUCUAGGGGUAAAGACCACUGAGUGGUAGACUGGCUUGAACUGGGUAGUGAAUAGGUCAGGCUGGGAACCUCUGAACCAGUGGAGAAUAAUAAAGAAUUCUGUGCCUUCCAGCGUGACGACUACAACAGCGACACCUAACUGAGCACUGAACCUCUAAACCAUACAGCCCUAACUGCCAGUUUAGAGAAAGGAAGGAAGGGGACAGAUUUCCUGGUAAAACAAGAAGCAAAGAACAGGGUUUCUCUGUAGCUUUGGGGCCUGUCCUGGAACUCACUCUGUAGACCAGGCUGGCCUUGAACUCACAGAGAUCCAUCUGCCUCUGCCCCCUCCCCAGUGCUGGGAUUAAAGAUCUGCAUCACCGCCACUCCGCUCUACUUGGCUCAACCAGCAAAGUGACAUUAGAAAAAGAGGUAGCACUUUUUGAAUAUUAGAAAAAGACUUGAAAGACGUAGGUCAGAUGCACUGGGAAUUCUUAGAUCAUGAGUUGAGCGAACGUGUGAACAAGACAGGAAGUCUGCAGGGGAAAGCAGUGCCCUGGACUCAAUCUGGAAGUUCAUGAACUAGACCCACGUGAUUUGAUACGGUGUCACUAGCAACUUAAAGUCGAGGUGUUGUGGUCCCUCCAAUUUAUAACAAGACUUUGAAGUCUUAGUUCCUGACUGCUCAGGAUGAACUCGGGGAUGAGACAAGCACUCUGCGACAUCAGCUCGGGGUAGGGGCGGGGGUGAGGAUGGAUGGAUCCUGGAGUUUGCUGGCUAACCAGUCUAGCUGGAUCCAGAUACUGAGAGACCCUGUUUGAAAAGUAAGGUAGACCUGGCUAAUGCCGAGUCCCCCUCUGACCUCUCACACAGACGCAUGACACAGAGACAUGCACACACAAGAAACUCCAUCCUGGGAAACAGGCAGGUGAUCUAAGUUCAAGCCAACCUAGUCUACAUAACAAGUUCCAGGCCAGCCAGGACUACACAGUGAGACCACCAACAAUGAAAAACAAGUAAAAAAAGUGUUAUCUAGUCCAGGCCUUCACAAUCUUUUUUGUGCUUUUAAAGUUUUCUACAUAUUUAAGAGUGAAGUGAAUUGUGUUUGCAAACUUA